CACACAUAAUAGUAAACUCUCACGCACAUUUCUCUCCUGUUCCCGUGGUUUCUACACCCGGGCUUAGUGAACUGAAGACUCUUGUCGCCUAAUUCCACAAGGCCACGCACCAGCUUCUACAGGCACAUCUCCCCCCUCCACCCCAUCCCUCUCUUAAACCACCGCUUUCAGUACCAAAUGCACAGCUCUACAAUGCAUAUCCCUGUUGGAUUUACCUGUACAUAUGCAGGGAGUUAGAAGAGGAGGUGGCGCAAAUCAUGUAGAGGAAGAAAGGUAAAAGAGUAUUUCUCAGUUCGAAAGUGAGAAGAACAAGGUGGAUUUUUUAUUCAAAGCGAGAAAGUGGUUGAAAUCAAAUGAUUUUGAGUGUGAAGUUGGGUUUGCUUGAUGUUCUGAGGGAACUCUAGUAGGUGGUGAGGUGCAGUGUAGAAUUACGCUUGUUUGGCUGUGAAGUACGAGGCAAGAUUUGAACUUUCUUCAAGGGUUCGUUAUAGUUUUUCUUGAACAGUGGGGAAGUCUAAGAAACGAGAAUUAAAGUGACUCUCAAUAGGAAAGCUAAGUAAAGAAAUGAUGUCUUCAGGGACAAAUUUAGUGAUGACAGUGAUUGGAUUUGCUGUGAGUACCAUGUUCAUUGUGUUUGUCUGCACAAGGCUUAUUUGUGCUAGAAUUCAAUUGAAUGCAUCAAGGCGUUCUUUUGCUAGAGCCCAUAGAUCUGAUCUUAGCAUUUUAGAACGAGGGCUUCAUGGGCUUGAACCUGUAAUUUUUGCCAACUUCCCGACAAAGAAGUAUGGUGAUAACUUUUUCUCCUCGGGAGAAAAUAAUCAGUGCACAGUUUGCCUUGCUGAUUAUCACAAGGAAGACACAUUACGGAUAUUGCCCUCAUGUGGACAUUUUUUCCAUGCCGCAUGCAUUGACAUAUGGCUGCAUCAGCAUUCCACAUGUCCAGUUUGUCGCGUUUCUCUGCGCGAACUUACUGAGAGAAAACGUUUUAUGCAACCUUUGUUCAGUUCAGCCAUCAGAGCUCAGCACACCAUCCAACCUGCAAAUCUAAAUACUCACCAUUCGUCAAACAGCCAUAGACUAUCAUCGAUGCCACGUGAGAGCCAGAGGAUGCAACCCAGCCAGGACGGGUGUCGUCAUUCUGAGAGAGCUGGGGUAGAAGAUAGACAAAGCAACCCCAUCUUGAAUGAUGAUCGUCAAAUAACUAAAAAGUCAGGAAACAAAGAGAUGGAGAGCCCAUCAAAUGCUUAGAAUCCCUCCUCUGCUCCUUAACAUCAUUACUUCAAUUUUCACGGAGUUACCGAGAGAUUUUAUUCAGCAAGUUUGCUUCAGCAGGCAUGCGGAUUGUGUGCCCAGGAAGUGGAACGAUUUCCUUGUGGCCUUUUUCUUUUCUUUUCUUUUUGUGUAUAUAAUAAGGUGUUGUGUCCAUUUUUUUUUUUUCCUUUUUCUUGUCUGUCUCUUUUUUAGCCCUUUGAUAGAAGCUGUUUCACUGGCAUGUCUGUUGGCUUAGGUAUAGUUGGAGAUGUUACUUCUGUAGUACAGUUGAGUUCCUGGUUAGCUCGAUUAGCAAUGUAUAUGUUUUGAAAGUA